AUGGAGACUAAAGCAGACGGGCCCUCCACGACACCGGAUGGCCAGUCAGAUCAACACAGCAGGGAGAUCUCGAAGAGCCACGGCGAUGACAGGGGGACUUAUAGCACGAGCUCAGAAGAAGAGCGACCCCCGCUGCCACCGCGUCCCCAGACUAUCGAUCUCCUAGAUGAAGACAGUGCUUCUCGACCGUUAACCGCCCGACCACACCUGCAGUCACAGGCGACAACGGCUCUGUCGUUGAAGGAUAUCUCCCGGCAAGCAAAUUCGGACACAGUUGACACGUUCAUUCCUGGUUUUGGACGCACCUUACUAGGUCGAGGUUUGAAGGCGAGAACGAGUUUAAGCCAAUUGAAUAGCACUCGUGGCAGCGAGGCAGGCGACACUGCCAGUAUCAGAAGCGUCAUAGCGAAUUCCGAGGAAGGACAGGAUGAGAGUAUAUUCGGUGAUUUUGCUGCUGAAGCCGCGCAUCAGCUUCAUACCGAAAAUGUGGGGGUUCUCGACUUGCCUGAAUUCCCUCAAGAUGAUGGCGAAAACGAAUUCGUCAGAGAAUUCGACGACAUUGGAGAUCUAGAUGAGAUUGGCGACAAUGAAGGCAUGAUUCAAGAAUAUAUAAACUACUUAGUAUCCAACUAUAUUGGAAUAAUCCAAACGAUUAUAUCUUUCUACCAGGAAGGUGACGAUCCAUUGAGAAGUUUCAUUGCAGGGGACACCAAAAUUGUCAUACUCUCUCAGGGUCCUCUUUACUUGGUCGCCAUCAGUCGCUUAGCGGAGAGUGAAGGCCAUCUCAGACUUCAACUUGAUGCACUUUAUAUGCAAAUUUUAUCUACUCUCACACUUCCCACUUUGGGCCAUCUCUUCUCAGUCCGACCUUCCACCGAUCUCAAGAGACCUCUUCAAGGAACCGAGACUUUACUUUCCUCCCUAGCUGAUUCGUUCACAAAGGGCUCCCCAACAACUCUCCUCUCAGCCUUGGAAUGCUUGAAAAUAAGAAAGUCGCACAGACAGUCCAUAAAUAAUGUUCUGUUGAAGACGAGGGCUGAGAAAUUGCUGUACGGUCUGGUGGCAGCCGGUGGUCGACUUGUCAGCGUUAUUCGCCCCAAGAAGCAUUCUCUCCAUCCGGGUGACCUACAACUCUUGUUCAAUAUGAUUUUCGAGGCCGAUGGCGUGAAAGCCGGAGGUGGCGAGAGUUGGAUACCUGUUUGUCUUCCAGGCUUCAACAGUUCCGGCUAUCUUUACAUGUACGUCAGUUUUCUCGAUGUAAGAAACGAAAACGGGGAUAUUUUCAACGACGAGGAUAUUGUGAAAGAUGAAUCUGUCGCAAUUAUUCUCAUCAGUCCGGACAAAGAAAGUUUUUUCCAGCUGCAGGAAAUGCGAAAUAACAUUGUCGAGCAAAUGCAAAAAAAUGGAAGUAUGAAAAUUAUCAUGGACGCAAUAAAAGGAGGGAGGCCUUCGCCCACAGAUAUUGUCCCUGGGACGGUCCUGCGCCAUUUCAUAUACAAAUCAAGAGCCCAUGUCCAGUUUGUUAUGUCUUCAUACGAAUCUGAAUUUACAUCGCUCACUCGCCAUCGAAGAUUAAUAUCAAUGUAUAAUUCUCUUCAUGAAAGCGUGCACGCCCGCAACACACAUGUCAAAGUACACCACAGCGCCAGUAAAUCGGCAAGUGCAUUUGCAUGGGUCAGUCCGGCUUUUGAAUUCUACUGCGUUGCGGGCCCAGAUACGAAUCGUAACGCUCUUUCGCAAAGCGCGAAUAAGAUUACCCAGUGGAUACGAAAGGAGGAAGAGAGGCUAUUUAUUAUCGGCGGUGCCGUCUUCUGA